AUGUUCAUGCAUUUGGAGGUCUUUUACUGUAUCUUAAUGUUGAUGUCUCACAUGACAACGUCUUGCUGCAGCUGGUCAGUGAAUAAUUUCCUUAUGACUGGACCUAAGGUGUACCUGAUUUACUCCAGCAGUGUAGCAGCCGGGGCGCAGAGCGGCAUCGAGGAGUGUAAGUAUCAGUUUGCCUGGGACCGAUGGAACUGCCCUGAAAGAGCCCUGCAGCUGUCCACACACAGAAGCCUCCGCAGUGCGAACAGGGAGACAGCGUUUGUCCAUGCCAUCAGUUCAGCAGGGGUCAUGUACACUCUGACGAGGAACUGCAGUCUGGGGGACUUUGACAACUGUGGCUGUGAUGACACCAGGAACGGACAGCGGGGGGGUACAGGCUGGCAGUGGGGCGGCUGCAGUGACAACGUGGGGUUCGGUGAGGCCAUCUCCAAGCAGUUUGUUGACACGCUGGAGACAGGCCAGGACGCACGGGCCGCCAUGAACCUCCACAACAAUGAGGCUGGACGCAAGGCAGUGAAAGGGACGAUGCAGAAGACGUGUAAGUGCCAUGGCGUCUCUGGGUCCUGCACCACACAGACCUGCUGGUUACAGCUCCCAGAUUUCAGGGAGGUGGGAAACUAUCUGAAGGAGAAGUACCACCGAGCACUGAAGGUGGACCUGCUCCAGGGGACCGGGAACAGUGCAGCCAGUCGAGGUGCCAUUUCCAAGACCUUCAGCUCCAUCUCUCGUAAAGAACUGGUCCACUUAGAGGACUCCCCAGACUACUGCCUGGAGAACCGUACCCUGGAACUGCCCGGCACAGAGGGCAGAGAGUGCCUGAAGAAGGGCAAGAGCCUAAAUAAGUGGGAGAAGCGUAGCUGUAAGAGGCUGUGCGGGGAGUGUGGUUUAGCCGUGGAGGAGAGGAAGGUGGAGUUGGUGUCGAGUUGCAAUUGCAAGUUCCACUGGUGCUGCGAGGUAAAGUGCGAGCAGUGCCGCAAGACUGUGACCAAGUACUUCUGCGUGAAGAAUGGGGGGCAGAGGGGGAAGAACGAGAGCGUCGGCAGCGGUAGGAAGAACCUGAGGCUGAGGAAGAAGCACUGAGCGGCAUCCAUCUUCAUCACCAUCAUCAUCACUGACGCACUCCAUGUCUUCUCACAAGCUGAUUUUCAC